AGUCUCCCUCUACCCUCAUCGACGAGACGACGCUCACCUGGCUCCCGCCGUCCGCCGCUGAACGCCACCGCAGACAACUAUUUCCUUCCACGAGAGCCUGCAAAUGUGUUAUUUUUAGGGCAGUUAAAAACUGAACUGGGGUUUGUAGAAAAUUGGAAAUGAGUUUGUUUUUAAGGCUUCGGCAUCAUAUACCAAAUGGAUUCUGUACGAAAUCUAUACGUUCUCCUCUUAUUUCUCUCGCUUCCAUAAAGUCAACAAUCCUGACUAGAAACUUUAGUCAACCUGCAAGACAAGUGGAAGAAGAGGAAGAAAUAGAGAUCGAACAACGAAGACUGCCAACAGAUUACGAUCCUGCAACAUUUGAUCCAACGGAGCAUCGCAGCCCUCCAACAGACCGUGUAUGGAGGCUUGUAGAUGAAAUGUCAUCACUCACAUUGGCCGAAGUUGCAGAACUGUCUUCAAUCAUGAUGAAAAAGAUGGGUAUGAAAGAGCCGCCAGUUGUGGCGGUCAUGAAACCAGGAGCCGCCGGUGUGGCAACACAAGGUCAAACUGCAGCAAAAGAAGAGGCAAAGCCAGAAAAGACUAUUUUCGAACUGAAACUGGAGGCGUUUGAAGCCGCUUCAAAGAUCAAGAUUAUUAAGGAAGUUAGGAGCUUUACUGAUCUGGGACUUAAAGAAGCAAAAGAUUUGGUCGAAAAGGCGCCAAUCGUGUUCAAGAAAGGGGUGACGAAAGAAGAAGGCGAACAGAUAAUCGAGAAAAUGAAAGCUGUUGGUGCCAAAGUUGUGAUGGAGUAGCAAGAAUCAGAUGCAUAAAAAAGACAAACUUUUGGAUCUUUUUCUGCAUUUGAGGUACACCCACCUCUUGAAACACCCCUUUCUUGAUGAAACUAGUGUUGAAAGUGAAGCAUGUGAUCAGCUUCUCUUCUUAGUGAAGAAUGGUUUUAAUUAGGGUUAGGGUUUUAGCAGCAUAUUUAUACAUUUGUGUGCUUAUGAACCAUUGCCAUGAGGGAAAGUUUGGAUUUUUGUUCUACUGCUUUUUGCCCACUUGAGAUGUAUGCUGAGAACAAGUUCUAAUAAUAUGAUACACUUCUUUGAUGUUAAA